UAUUAUUUAUAUUUAUGGCUGAUCACGGCAAGAAUUAUUGGACUUAUAAGAUUUUGAAGGAGCAGUUUAGAAGAAAAGAGAUGGCUCCUCCAUCAUAUAGCGAUUUGGGCAAACAGGCUCGCGACAUCUUCAGCAAAGGCUACAACUUUGGCCUGUGGAAGUUGGACCUGAAGACCAAGACUUCUUCGGGCAUUGAAUUCAACACAGCUGGUCAUUCAAACCAGGAGUCGGGCAAGGUGUUUGGCUCUUUGGAAACGAAGUACAAGGUCAAGGAUUAUGGCCUUACCCUGACGGAGAAAUGGAACACAGACAACACUCUAUUCACUGAGGUUGCUGUACAGGAUCAGUUGUUGGAGGGUCUCAAGUUGUCGCUCGAGGGCAACUUUGCGCCACAGUCAGGCAACAAGAACGGCAAGUUCAAGGUUGCGUACGGUCACGAGAAUGUCAAGGCCGAUUCGGAUGUUAAUAUUGACCUGAAGGGCCCCUUGAUCAAUGCAUCUGCUGUGCUGGGCUACCAGGGCUGGUUGGCCGGCUAUCAGACCGCUUUCGACACACAACAAUCCAAGUUAACUACCAACAACUUUGCCCUCGGCUACUCCACCAAGGACUUUGUCCUACACACAGCCGUGAAUGACGGCCAGGAGUUCAGCGGCUCAAUCUUCCAAAGGACUUCCGAUAAGCUGGAUGUUGGUGUUCAGCUGUCGUGGGCCAGCGGCACCAGCAACACUAAGUUCUCGAUUGGCGCCAAAUAUCAAUUGGACGACGAUGCCAGCGUGCGCGCCAAGGUUAACAAUGCCAGCCAGGUAGGCUUGGGAUAUCAACAGAAGUUGCGUGAUGGAAUCACCUUGACUCUGUCUACGCUUGUCGAUGGCAAGAACUUCAAUGCCGGUGGACACAAGAUUGGCGUUGGACUCGAAUUGGAAGCCUAAGUUAGUUCAAGAUGAAAAGCUGAAUGCGCUGCCAGCAAUAUGCAUACAGUACUAAUUAAA